AUGAAUCCAAGAAUCGAAAUCAAAAGGCCCGAGCCUACUUUCUGCGAACCCAUCGAAAUACGUGUGGCAGCUGUUUCUUCUAAUGGAACAGGACCAUUUUCCAAACCCCUUUCUAUUGAUGCACCACAGCCAAUUGUUAGUCCCAAACUAGAAGUAUCAGAGUUGGUUUACGUGUCCAACUCACCAAACGGUGGUGCUCUUUUUGCUGAUGGGGACGUUGAGAUAACGUUCAACUUCAAGGCCGAAGAGUGGACCCCAGGACUCCAGGAUUUGGAUGUAACACCAACGCUUUGGUUAGACAAAUGCGAGGAGCCGAGCCUGAAUCAAAGCAAGUUUCUUCCUACCUUUAAACAAGGCUCUGAUCCCGGCACUGUUGUGGUGAAGAAGAACAUAGCUCUCGAGGAUAAAGAUUCCAAUCUUUCACUUAAUAUCACUUUUACUCCCACUUUGAAAGAAAAUGAUACGCCAACCCUUUAUUACAAAGCAUUUUAUGGGGACGCACAGCCGUAUGCCGAGGGAGAGGAUACGAUGGACGAAGUGAACUUGACGCAUGUUAUUGGUUACGCUACUAACUGCAAGCAAUUUGACAGAAAUGGCUAUUAACAUGGUCGACUGAGGUUGAUCGUUGGAAUGAUAAUUGGAUUUGUACUACUUGUAGCAGUGGGUAUCAUUGCCUUGUUUUACUACAACAGAAAGGAGAAGAGAGACCUGCAGUUGAAAGAGUUAUACAGGGAAAAAAAGCCUCGAUAUGUCACUUUUCCAGAA